AUGACAGACAGUACAUGCAUUUUUAUUAAACACUCCCAGGAUCCUGUCAGCCGGAAUAAAUACACAGUCGGAAACACUCCAGACGGCAUAUGCGACAAGGAUUUGGCAUUCCUCUUCACUGACAAUAUUGACGUGAAAACAUUGGAUGUUGGUGGAAUCAAGUUAACCAACUUUGAAAAUAUCACACCAGAUGUCACUUUGUACAAUUUCGAAGUUACCAAAAACCCUUCUGAGGAUAUGCAUGAAAACACCAAGCCUACUUGCUCCUUCUUCCACGUGACUUCGUCGACCAAUCAAGAUCCUUGUUUGAAUGACGUCAUAAAAUCUAUUUAUAGAAAAUUGUCUGGCAGAGCAGAUAAAAUGGCCGUGUUUCUUGCACACCGAAACGGUUACGACGAUAGCCUGUGGUACAUAGUUGCUGGCUUGAACCUGAUUCAAAUACUGGAUGAGGAAGAUGAGUUGGACGUCUAUCGGGUUGUUUUUCAAUUGAAAUCAUUCCAGCCUCAGUGUUUCAAUAGCGAUAAAUAUUACAAAAAACUCUACCUCCUGGCCGAAGAACACCUAACUUCAACUUCCCCCAACAGUCGGAGAAACUGCGGCCUAGUAGUGCCUAGUCUCCGGAAAACAAUUUGGGGGCCGAAAAACAUGGCAAGAAAAGACAUCCCCAAUCUUAAAAAUGGUGCCAAGGGUGACAAAAAUGAUGACGGAGGGGGUAGGCAGGUGGUUGUGGGUGAUAAUGGGGGCUGUGGUGUUGGUGAUGAUGGAGAUGAAGAUGCUGUUUGUUACACCAGUUCGUCUGAUGUGGUCUUGAUUCAAGAGAAUGUGAAGAGUAAAAAUACGAAAUUUCAGAACAGUAGCAAUAAUAAUAACAACAGUUCCAUGCUUGCUAGCACGAAUAACAGUAAAAAAGUGACUGAUGGUGGCGAUGCUUAUCAUUUGUACAUAAAUUUUUAA